UACACUCCAAAGUCCAAACAUGCGAGAUAUCUCACACUCACAGCACAGUGUUUGCUUACAACAACAAUGGACCGCUCUUUUCUCUUCACCCUCUUCCUCUUAUUCUCUGUGGUCGUGUCCACCAUAUCCGCCGAUGAUGAUGAUCUUUUGAUCGAGCAAGUGGUGUCAUCGGACGGUGAUGACGAUCUUCUCCUCCACGCUGAGCACCACUUCUCGAGCUUCAAGGCGAGAUUUGGGAAAAGCUACGGGAGCGCAGAGGAGCACGAUUACAGGUUCGGUGUGUUCAAGGCGAACCUGCGCAGAGCCAAGAUUCACCAGAAGCUGGACCCCAGCGCUGAACACGGUGUCACGAAGUUCUCGGAUCUCACUCCGGCUGAGUUCCGGCGAAACUUUCUCGGGUUGAAGCGGCUUCGGUUGCCUGCCGAUGCUCAGAAGGCUCCUAUUCUUCCCACCAACGAUCUCCCCACCGACUUUGACUGGCGUGAUCACGGCGCCGUCACCGGCGUCAAAGACCAGGGUGCUUGUGGAUCGUGCUGGGCGUUUAGUACUACGGGGGCAUUGGAAGGAGCUCAUUUUUUGGAGACUGGGGAGCUAGUGAGCCUCAGUGAGCAACAGCUUGUGGAUUGUGACCAUGAGUGUGAUCCUGAGGAAUAUGGUGCAUGCGACUCAGGCUGCAAUGGUGGGCUGAUGACUUCUGCCUUUGAGUACACGCUCAAGGCUGGUGGACUUGAGAGAGAGAAGGAUUAUCCUUACACUGGAACCGAUCGUGGCACCUGCAAAUUUGACCAGGACAAAAUUGUUGCUUCUGUAGCUAACUUCAGUGUCGUUUCGAUUGAUGAAGAACAAAUUGCCGCGAAUUUGGUGAAGAAUGGCCCUCUUGCAAUUGGCAUCAAUGCAGUAUUCAUGCAGACUUACAUCGGAAAAGUUUCGUGCCCAUACGUCUGUGGGAGGCAAUUGGAUCAUGGGGUGCUUCUAGUGGGGUAUGGUUCUGCUGGUUAUGCUCCUAUCCGGUUCAAGGAAAAGCCAUUCUGGAUCAUAAAGAACUCUUGGGGAGAAAACUGGGGAGAGAAUGGAUAUUACAAGAUCUGCAGGGGUCGUAACGUAUGCGGAGUGGAUUCAAUGGUUUCAACUGUGGCUGCUUUACAUACCACCAGUGACUAGAUUAUGAAGUUCAUUGGUGGGUACCGUGUUAGGCAAGUGAAACAGUUGUAAAUAUUAAGAUGACUUCCUAGACUUGUAGCAACUCUUGAUGCUCCUAUCAACUUGCUCUGAAAGUUGUCUUGCUCCUGGAGGUUCUUUGCUAGUUUGUGUCAUAGUUGUCUAUUUUAAAAACUUAGUUAUUAUACAUAUUUUUAUAUGCCCCACUUCGCUCAAAUCUCUGGAACUGUAUGCUUCGGUGGGGAUGGUGCAUUGGUGUGUAAAUGAAGCUUGAUGCCAUGUAAUGGGAUGGUUAAUUAUGGUUUGCUACAUCAUGUUUAUGGCAUGCCAACAGAUGUUAGAAUGUGAUUGCUUUCAAUAUUUGAUUUAA